AUGCCGUCGCCGCUCGUCCAGGUGCAGCAGCUCGAAAAGGCUCUGACAGACAAGCCCGCGGACCCCAACCCUCUCGUCCCGCUCCUCACCCUCGCCCGCCACUCCUCCCCCGAGGUCGUCCACAAGGCAACAUGGGCGCUGUACCGUGUCUUUGGCGCACUCAUCGCAGCUGGCCGUGUCGGCGGCAUCACCGGUGAUGCUCGCGCUAGCGCCCAGACUCCCGACUCUUCGUCUGCCUCCAGCUCUGCUGGCGCUCGUGAAGUCAAGGGCUGGGUGCGUGACCGUUUCCUCGAGUAUGCGGACCUCCUCGGCAGCCUUCUCCACGACUCGGAGUCCAGCCUGCGCUCUUCGGGCCUCAAGCUCAUGUUCGCUCUUCUCCCUCCCCUCUCUGCCGCCAGCGGUGUCCCUUACCACUCGGCCUACUUCCGCCUGAUCCUCCGUCACCUCCUCUCUCCCACCAAGUCGCUGCGCGGCGCACGUCCCGCUGCCGGCUCGUCUGCCUCGGGCACGCGCUGGGCCACCGUCGCCGCCAACCAGGAAGGCGAGGCCGGCGUUCUCCCUGCUGACGUUGCUGCCGAGGUCGUGGAGGAGUACUGGGCCAAGUACGACGACCUCCGUCUGUUCUUCUUCCGCGAGACGGCGGCUGCUAUUGCUGCUCAGGACGUCCACCCGACCAACCUCCUCAUCAUGGUUGCGCCUCUCACCAACCUGCCCAAGGUCGCCGACGACCUCAACGCCUUUUUCAUCCCUCACAUUGCUGAGCCUCCCGCAUCUGGCAAAUCCGCGAACAAGAAGGCCAAGACUUCGCGUUCGAGCAAGAAGGCCAAGCGCGAGGCAGAGGAGCUUCCGGAGUGGAUGGCGACGUACGAGUCGGACGAGGAGGAUGAGGACGACGUGAUUGUGGGCGGCAAGCGCACGCGUACCACCGCCCUGGGCACUCACGCUGCCGUUCACUCGAUCAAGGCUCACAUUGACGCCUACACUGCCGUCUGGGAGGGUCUCCUCUCGCGUGUCCCUCUCGAUGUGGCUUGGACUCGCCGUAUCCUGGCCUCGCUGCACGGUGAGCGCGGUAUCCUCGCUCACUGGGCUGCCGCCCGCCGCGUGCGCCUCGCCGACUGGCUGGGCAACACUGUUGACGGUGGAGGCGCCAACGCCAUGCUCGCCAUGAACGGUCUCUUCGUCCUCAUGACACAGUACAACCUCGACUACCCCAACUUCUACGAGCGUCUGUAUGCCCUCCUGGACGCCAACGUCCUGCACGCUCGCUACCGUGCGCGUUUCUUCCGUCUGCUCGACACUUUCCUCCGCUCGCCCUUGCUCUCUGCUGCGCUCGUGGCAAGCUUUAUCAAGCGCCUCGCACGUCUCAGCCUCGGCGCGCCACCUGCCGGCGCCAUCCUGGUCAUUCCAUUCGUGUACAACCUCUUCAAGCGCCACCCCGGCACCAUGGUCAUGCUCCAGCGCCUGCCGGACGAGAUGGAGGAGGGCGACCCGUACGACAACACCGAGCCCAAGCCCAUGGCCACGCACGCGAUCGACUCGUCCGUCUGGGAACUGGCCGCUCUCCAGAACCACUACCUCGCCUCCAUUCAGACCCUGGCCAAGGUCUUCACCGAGCAGUUUACAAAGCCAGAGUUCAACCUCGAAGACUUCCUCGACCACGGAUACGGCACGCUCUUUGAGACCGAGGCCGCGCGCAAGAUUAAGAAUGCGCCCAGCCUCGCCGUCGCCCUCGAGCUCGGCCAGGCAAGCGACAUUCCGCCCCUCUUCCCGGCGCGCGGCGCCACCUCGGAGCGCGAUGCCGUCAGCCAGCUGUGGGCUUUCUGA